ACGAGCUUAGACAAGUUAAAGUAAAAAUAACGUGUGCACGUGUUGAAAUUAAUAUAAUGAAUACAUUUUAAAUUAUCCUGCUCUAAAAAAGAAAGUGUUAUAUACCCUGUAUAUAUACGGUCUUCAUAAAUGUUAUUAGCAAGUAAAAAGUGCACAAAACAUAGUAAAAAUGUCUAUAAAAGGUUCUCUCCGAAGUCGAAGUUUAACAUCUACACCUUCCUCGAUCCUCAAAAGACCUAAAACCUUAGUGCACCGGCUUAGUGAAAUAAGAAAUAAGCCAACCGAAGUCAAAUUCGAACUUACUAAGCAAUUGAAAUGCAUUUUCGACGGCUACGUUCAAAAAACGGAGUCGAAAGAAUACGAGAAACUGGUCAUAAUGAUAAGAGAUGCUAAACUAACAGAUGCCGAUAUUUCUUCCAUAUUAAAGGAAAUUAACGAGUGCAUUUCUAUUCUGGAUCAAAAAUUUAGAUUAUUUGUUGAAGCGAUACUUUCCAUUGAAUGGACAAGCAGAGGAUCGGAAGUUAUUGAGGAGUAUCAAGUUUUUAUUGUUAAUUUAUUAUCAGCUCAUACGUAUCAUGCCAAGAUGGUUAUAGAUAAAUUGGUUAAAUUGUUCUUCCCCGGUCCAGAUGAUUCUGAUUGGGAGGAUGGAGUCCCUGCCGAUGAGGAUUGCGCUAAAUGCAUUAAUGUACAUGCUUUGUUUAAUUCUUUACUAUCUGAAGUGCCUAUGUGCCAAGCUAUAUUUGUAUCAUCAUUAUACAGUCAUUUCCCAUAUUACAAUAAAUCGACUCACAUUCAUGAGUAUUACUUACACAAUUUGUUAUGGAUCUUAGAGUACAGGCCAAAUUUGAGACCGGAAAUAUUAAAUCUCAUAUUUUCAAAGCUGAUAAUAAUGGACGUAAACGCGCCGAGAGAAGAAAUAGAAAAAUAUUUAAAUGCAGACGAGGAAAUGUUUUUAAUGGACGAAGAAACCAAAUCCAUAAAAUCAUCGACUACAGCUUUUACGCAGGUCAACAGACACGCCUUAGCGCACACAUUGGACGUUUGCUUGGAUAAAAUAUUUAAUUACUUUGUGUCGGAAUGCCACGAUUCCCAGACCAAGGAAAUAAUUUGGGAGAAAGCUAAAAAUUUAUAUUUAGAAAUGCUGCCGAUCUUCGACCGACUGAUUCUUCCGACCUAUGAUAUACAUCAUGUACAGUUCAUCAUGUUCAUGAUGACGUGCUUCAAAACAACGAUAACCGAAGGGUUUUUAAAUUAUUUAUGGAAGAAAGUUUGCAAUCUGAAUGUCGCUCCUGUUCUCCGACAAGCAGCGGUUAAUUACAUAGCCAGUUUGGUAGCUAGAUCAAAUUUUGUUCCUUUGGCGAUGAUUAAAGGUACGUUACAACAGUUGGCUGAAUGGAUACAUUCAUACAUUUCCUCGCAAGAUGGUUUUGAAUAUGUAAAUUCAGAUAUAAGAUCUCAUUCUGUAUUUUACGCUGUUUGCCAAGCACUGUUCUAUAUCGUAGCGUUUAGGUAUAAAGAUUUUGUCCAAUCGAAGAAAAAUAUAGUAUUUUUGCAAAGCUUGAAUAUGGCUAAAAUGGUGACUUCACGUCUCAAUCCCUUGAGAGUUUGUCAACACGCUGUUGUUCAAAAUUUCGCGGCUGUAACGAGGAAAUACCAGUUGGCUUAUUGUUACAGUGUAAUCGAACAUAAUUCGAGGAAUACAUUGCCUGUAAUUUAUUUGGAUGAAAAGGGCACUACAGUGACAUCUGAUAAUACUUUAAAUACGUUCUUUCCAUUCGAUCCUUUUAUAUUAGAAAGGUCGGCUAAGAAAAUAGAGCCUUUCUAUAAGGAAUACCAAGAAGCAGAUGAAAGUGCCGAGACUGUAAUGGAAGAGACUUCAGAAGUAGACGAUUUUUUACUCAACGAAUUUCCCAAUUCAUCAAAGAAUAAAACUCAAAAAUUUUCAUAUGGUAGUUCCCCGGGUUUUAAAUUUAAAUAAAGAGUUUCUGUUUUCAUAGGGUGUAGAGUUCUUUUUUCUCUUGCGAAGUUAUCGCUUUAUUUUUAUUAUAUUAUCGACUGUGAUGUAUAUAAACUUGUUUAUUUGGAUAUUAGAUCAAUAAAAAAUAUUUUCUUUGAUUCUACAUUCUA